AUGAGCUCUCGUCAUCGUGCCGUUGGUGAUGUACUGGUGGAUGAACUUGAAAGCAAUCUUGGCAGGUUUGCACGUAUAACAGAUGUUGAAGAAGAAACAUAUACGUCUGAUGGGGAUGAUAACAGCGAUCAGGGAUAUGAUGACCUUGAACCGUAUGGCCCUCACCCUGUUAAAAAGGGCUGUGAUAAUUCAUCCUCAGUGGCUCCUUCAGAUGGAGAAGAUAAUGAACCUGAAAUUGGGUUGCAACUAUUGUUCCCUGAUGAGUUUUCUCACUUGAACUCAACCCGUUUGCCUCUUGUUUCUGCAAUGAAAGGUAGCCGAGAAAAACAAGGGUCACCAAGGAAACUGACUGUGUCAUGGGCCCCAGAUGUGUAUGAUCCAAUUCCCAAUUCCUUGUCUCACAGUGUUAAAAGCAAGCAAAAGAAGUCCAGGAAAGAUAGAGAUAAAGAUAACAAUCACAAUAAGAAAAAUGGGAAGAAAGGGCAGAAGGGUAAUUCAUCAAAAGGGUUAGGUGGCAAAGAGAAGAAGCAAUUUCGCAAAUCUGGUGGGAGGUCUGAUAGGUGCUAUAAAACAAUGGAUGCUUCUGAGCACCCUGAUGAUUUUGAUGUUGGUAGCCCAGACCAAUGUGGAAGUAGCUUCCUCAAAAAAUCAGCUACCCUGUUUCAUUACUCUGUCGCAGAGGCAUCAUGA